UGUAAAGGUCUAUAUACAAGCCACAGGAACUCCAAUGGAUUGCCUGUUGUCAUUCCCCAAACGAAUGGAUUCCAGUAAAGGGCAAAAUGCCAUGAUGACGGGCAAUAUAAAUAGCUGCAUAACAGAUGCGCAGUGGGAAGAUUGCUUCCCUGUGAUACAAUCACAGAAAUGGGGCAGUCAUUUGUCAAGAAAGAAGAUAGCCAUGUAACUCUCAAGGUGCAGAGAGAAAAAGAGUAUGAUAUGAUCUUCAGGAUCCGACGCAACGUUCCCAUUCGUAAGCUCGUGCUUGCUUACUGUGACCGUCUAGGACUGGACUAUGAGACUAUUAGAUUCACUAUUGAUGGGUGCAAGGUUGGGAAAGACCAAACCGCAGAUGAUCUUGAGUUGGAGAAUGGCGAUACCAUUGAUGCCUUUACUGAUCAGUCUGGUGGUGGUGCUGCUGCUAUGUCUGCUUGUUCAGCCAAGUCAUUUACAUAG